AAAAUAAUUGACGUAUAAGGAACAUUCUUUUUCACAUUUUACAAUUAUCUAUUAUAUUUUGCAAAUAGAUCACAAGUAAGUUCUUAUGCUACCUGGUAAAGUUUUUUUAUCAGAAUAAGAUACCAUGAAUAUUAUACUUGGAUUUCUUUUUCUUUUUGCUUUUGCAAAUGCGACCAUAGAUAGAGAUUGCUCAUGGAUGAGCAAAAGGCUGAAAAACAAUGAAACAAAAGACAAUCGAAAAGUGGACGCUAAAGACGUUCGAACAGAAGAGUUCAUUGAUCGAAUCUUUCCUUUUGCAAAAGAUCUUGAGAAGCUGAUAAACAUUCACAUCAAAGUCGAAAUGAAUGCUUUCUAUAAUUACUUGAGCAUGUCUCAUUUCUUUAUGCGAGAAGAUUAUGAUCUCCCAGGAUUCUCAAAAUACUUUCACGAAGCAGCAAUGGAAGAGUUAAAACACGCUGAGAUGUUUAUGAAAUACCAAGCUAAACGGAGCGGAAGAGUCACCUUUUUUGAUAUAACGGCACCAGUGUAUCAGACUUUUACAAGUGCACAACAAGCGUUGCAACUUGCAUUUGAACUUGAACAAAAUGUUACUGGUGAAGUUCUCUGUCUUCAUAAAAUGGCUGGUGUACUUUAUAAUGAUAUUGAUUUCACAAAUUUUAUUGAAAGCGAAGUUAUUCCGGAGCAGUACACUGGUCUGAAAGAAUUAAAAACCCACAUUAAAACACUGUCAAGAAUGGCUUCUUCUAAAGGAAAAAGUGAUAUGCCUAAUUACGGAAUAGCAGAAUUUCAUUUUGAUCAACAUUUGCUUAACAGAAAAUAUUGACAUCCAAAUAGGAAAAAAAUAUUUUUUAUUUCAAAGAAAUAACUCUUUCUAAAUGGUUUUGUAUACUAUUCUCUUGAAAAUAUAUUGUGUUUUUAAA